AUGGCUACCAUACAGGAGGCGGAGCAAAUUGUGCGACGCUUGACUAAGAAGUAUGGGUUUCUGAACGAAACAAUGAUGGACGAUAUCGAACAAUUUAAUGCCCAAUAUCGCCGUGAGAUCGAUGAAAAUUGGCUGGCGAUGGAAAGCGCCGUAUCGCACUCCGUCAAGAUAUUGGCAAAGCAGAUCUAUGGCAGUGGUGCUCGGUUUGUCUUUGAGCUUCUUCAGAAUGCAGAGGAUAAUAUCUUCAACAAGGCUCGCGAAGCAGAAGCGCUGCCUUUCGUCUCUUUCAAGAUAUAUCCAAAUAAGAUCAUCGUCGAGUGCAACGAAGACGGUUUUACAGAGCCAGACUUACAAGCUAUUUGCGCUGUUGGACAAAGCACCAAGUCAGCUUCCCACGGAUAUAUCGGCGCGAAAGGCAUUGGUUUCAAAUCCGUAUUUAUCGCAGCAUCUAGAGUUCAUAUUCAGUCUGGGAACUUCUCAUUUGAGUUUCGGCAUAACAAGACAGACCCAGGUAUAGGCAUGGUUAGACCUAUCUGGGUACGUCCAGUUGAGGCCAUCCCCAGCCCUCUAACCCGCACGACACUAUACAUCCAUGACCAGGGAGACCCAGACGAACUUCGACAUCUGAGGAGGAUCAUCUCUAUGCAAUUUGACGAUCUACAGGAAACUUGUUUGCUCUUCCUGCGCAAGCUUGAGCAAAUCAGCUUGGAGUUCUACGAUGAGGACGGUGAGCUGGAACGAUCAAAGUACUUCCGCAAGCACAAGAUCGACAAGUAUCGCGUGUCUCUGGAGACUAUAUCUGGCGCUCGUGGAGAUGAGACUACUCGGAGCCAAAUUUAUCACAUCACGAGACAAAUGGCGACCAACUUGGCCCGGGGCGACAAUCGCGAGCUUCCUGAUACCAAAGAGGCUAAGAAUGAUUCCUCAAAGGCAGAAGUCGUUUUGGCUUUCCCAAUCACCGACAACUCUGAACCGCUUAUCACUCAGAGGAACCAAGACCUGUUCGCAUUUUUACCUCUAAGAAGAUCCGAUUACAAGUUUUUGAUUCACUCCGAUUUUGAUACCAACGCCAAUCGACAGGAUAUCGUCACCACAUCACGGAGGAAUCUAGACCUUCGCGGCUGGAUUGCGUCCGCGUUCUUCCAGGCAGUUCUGCAGUUUUGCGAGCAUCCUAGACUCUGCUACGGCUGGCCUAUGUUCCUCCCGUCCUCCUCAGAUACCAGUUCCGAUGCAUUCUGGUCAGGCCUCAACCACGAGAUACAAAGCUUGAUGAAGAAAACCCCAGUACUGAAAUCCCGCAAUCGAAUCGACUUGCGCCUGGUAGGCGACGUUGUCAUUCUCACCAGCGAUGCCCAGGAUGCGGAAGGGCAUCCUUUGUUUGACGACCCGACCAAAGAUCUUUAUCUUUCGCCUAGCUAUUCCCAAGAUGCAAAGGAAAUUCUCAGAGGCUACGGACUAAGACUGCUGAACAUCCAAACAGUUCUAAACUUACUGGAAACCGAUCUCCGCAGUCUCUACUCCAGGUUUCACGGAAAGAACACGACCGAUGAAUGGCACUCAGCUGUAGCACGCCUGCUUACCAAAACACUCAAGAAUUCCUCAUCUAUUCAACAGAGAUUGAAGUCGUUGCCUUUGCUCCCUCUGAGAUCGGGAGCGUGGACAUCGACUGCAUCCGGGCCAGUGUAUUUCCCAAAGACGGGAGAUAUCAGCAUUCCUGACUCCUUAGACAUCAAAGUUAUCACUGUUUUUGCAUCCAGUAAUUCGGAAAGAAGCACCUUGUUCCAACACCUAGGAGUCUGUCAGGCCACAUAUGAAGACGUUAGAGCAUCGAUCUUCAGAUCGUUCGCCUCGAAAAAGGGCUUAUCGUUCGAAAUCCUAAAUGAGUAUUUGAGCUUUCUUUAUCUCACGCACCAAACCGGGAAGCAUGGGCCGGAAGAAUACACGAAAGUAGAGAUCGUCACAAUGGCUGGGAAGCGAGCGAACCCACAAGAGACGGAUGUAUACCUCCCUGGAACCCACCAUGCGUACAGUCCUUCAAGCCUUUUAACCGCCGAAGACCUCCCAACAGGCUUAUCCGUGGAUUUUAUACACUCCAAACAUAUGGAAAGUACCCCAGACAAGCCGAGCGUCUUGCACCCAAGGUGGGAGACGUGGCUCUGCAAUUCCAUUGGUGUACGUGAGCGGUUGAGACUCAUGUCACGAGACAAACGCGGGUUAUCGGAUGUCUUUCUGCAUAUCUUUGAACAUCAUCCACAAAAGUUCUUGGGGUUAUUUGAGCAUCUCUGGUUGCACGAGAAAUCAGGUCUGGUGAAAAACAGGGCUCUUCGAUCAAAGAUUGAGGAUCUGCCUGCUAAGAAACUCUGUGGAGUUGACUAUCCACUCAAGCUGAAGGAAACCUGGCUUCCCCUCGAGGAUCUUAAACACCUCGUCAACCGCUAUAUGGAACAUCCCAAGCAUUUUCCCUUUCUCAAACUCGAGGAAUCAGAUGCAACCGAACUGCUUGGAUCAAAAUGGCAUUUCCUGAGUGACUACUUCUCAGUCAGUAAAGACGAUAGCAUGGAUUUCCUACUCCAAAUACUUCACUACAUUCAGCAAUCAUGCCCCGAAAGGCCUUCCGACAGUCAAACACAAAAGGUGUUUGACUUGUACAACGCCAUAUACGCCAGACUUACAGUUGCUAGUGAUGGGCCAGCCGCGAAACUCAAGAUUAUACAAUUCUUUGAGAAAGGAGGUGUCCUCGACCCUAAUCAGAAUGAUCCUAUGUGGACGACAUCUCCGCUCUGUUUAUGGACAGCACCGCCAGAUAUGGUCAUGUUUCACUCUCUCAAGGCUUCCUACUUGGAAAGGAUGGAUAAUGAAAAAUUCAGGAACAUCGAAAACCUAUUUACAAGAACACUUCAAAUUCCGGAUGCGUCGUUGGAUGAUCUGGUGACCGAGUUGACCGAGCUUCGGGACGAAGGUUGCGAGGAAAUACCUCGCAUGCGGGCAAUCUAUGAUUACUUGCAUAAGGCAAACGUACCUUCGCCACUUCUCAAAGCUGCAUUUAAGGCAUCCCCCCUCAUCUAUUGCGAAACGCGGCAUGGCGAAUCAGGCUGGUAUAAGACAUCAGAUUGCCUAUGGUCUAGUGAAACCGUUAUCCGUGGUAAAGCCAUCCUGGAUGAAUGUUGGGAAGCUUAUGAGGAGUUCUUUGUCGGCAAACUAGGCGUGAAGCUGCUAACCUUGCAGAUGGUCUACGAUGAACUGCGACAAUCAUCCGGGAACAAUACGGAAGAGACCAAAGUGGCUAUUCUGUCACUCAAUGGUCUCCUACAAACAGAAACGACACUACUGGACCCGGACCCGAUCAGACAAGCCAAAGUAUUUCCGGUCAGGUACCCAACUGGCACUGUCGUUCUGAGCUCUGUGAGCGUUGACUUUGCCAUUGGAGAUCGAGACAAGUUGAAGACGAUGUUUCGUGACAAGGUUGCUCUCUUGGACUUUGAGAUGGAAGAAGUCCGUCGCCUUAGACCGUUGAUCGAAUGGCUGAAACUCCAAGAUCGAUACUUGUCUAACUCCGUUGAAGAAAAUACGUUCAUCUUAGGUGAUUCGGAACGUCUAAUUUCUACACCUAACCGAGACCUCAAACGCAAGGCUUAUCAUAUUGCUCGUGUCGCUUCUACUUUCAACAGCCCUCGAUUUGAGGACGACCCCCUCGGUCUCUAUGAGCAGCUUCGCACAAUGAGAGUCGUUGAGGUCGAAAGAAUAUCAUCUGUGCUGAAAAUCUUUCAGAACAAACAGUCCUUCGAGAUUCCAGUAGCAACCGCCAACGAGCAUAUCGAAGAUUCGACAGGAGAACUGACGAUUUAUGUCCCAAAGGAGCGCAGAGCGCAAGAGCUCUGCUUCGGUUCAGUUCUUCCUAGAAAGUUCGCGGCAUGGCUAAUGCGCACCUCGAAGAGCCCCACGAAUGGACCAAUUGAAACGGACAUAGUUAAGGUCUUGACUGCAGUCUUUGCAAGUGAAAGAUUCGUCCUUGAUGAUGUUCUUGACGACCAGGGAAUCUUAACAGUGCCGUUCGACAACAUGGAUGAAGAAGACAACAGUGAUGAGACAGAAGAGCGCCAGACAGAAGAUCAGGAGGAAGAAGGUCAAGAACCACGACUACCAGGUAGUUGCCUCGAAACCAAUGAUACCUCUCCAGAACAACUUACACCCGAUCGUUCUUCUAUAAAUCCUGGUACGCCACCAUAUGCGGGUUCCUCCGGAAUUUCGCCAGAGGGAAGCCUUCCUGAAACACUCGUCGAGACCGUCUUCCAGCGAAGCCAGAUGUCAUAUCAGCCUCAUUCAGGAAGGGUGCAUCGCUCCUCUCAAUCAGAUUUGUUUCCCGUCCCACCACAGCCAUUACACCACCCAAGCGGGCAGGCUCCUUCAAACCUGCUUUCGGCUAUAACCUCGCCGUCUGAGCAGCAAACUUCCGAAGACACUAGAUAUCGCUCAAUCCUGGAUAGGGUUGUUGAAAAAGCCCGUAAUGCGGCAUUCCCAUCCAGAGGGUCAUUUGAUAUGACCCACAUGCGGAAUGCUCUACCUGGUGAUACGGACUCUUACCAGAGUUUCGAUGGCCUGGACAUCAUGGGUACAUUUCGUUCAACUAAUCAGCUAGAGCGCGACAAGAAGGUUGGGGCUGCAGGCGAGUUAUAUGUAUUCGAGCUUCUGUCAAGUCUCAACUUGCCAAAUUGGAACCGAACGAAUUGGCAAAGCACGAUCAGAUCGUACACGACUAUCCAUCCAGACUAUACGAAUCUAGAGGCUUGGAGAGGGAGGGAAACCGCCGACCUAGUUUACGUCGAUACUGAAGGGCACUUGACAAAUACGCUGAUCGAUUGUGGCUUUAUUGGCCACGAUGAGUGGCAUGGAGCGCGGCCCAGAUAUUACAUAGAAGUCAAGACUACGACUGGGCCAUGUAGUACCGCAUUCUACAUGAGUGGCAAGCAAUACCAGCUGAUGCAACAAAUUCACCACACCGAAGACCAUUCGGAGAUCUAUAUGGUCUUCCGCGUGUUCCAGCUCGAUAGCGACGGGAUUGGCCUGUGUAUUUAUACUGACCCAGAGAAACUCAGGCAAGAUGGGCAUCUACUCUUCAAAGGACAGGCGUGGUCUAUUACCCCAGGACCCAACAUGGGGUAG